UUACUGAACCCUCUCUUAUUAAGGACGUAAUUAGAAUGCUAAUCCGUCACUAAACCAAAUGGUUUUGAACAAAUUAGCCUCCAUCAUUUACAACCUCAUCGCUCCGACGAGACAGCUAAUAAUGAUUAAAAACGUGACAUCUUAUCAAGCAAAUGUGUUAGAUGUUUCGGAGAUUGCAAAAGAUGGCGGGUUUACAUCUCCGGGAGGAUCAAGCUCCGGUGGGGCUCUUGAGGUUGAAAGCGAAUUUUGUUGCGUUUGCUUGUCAAGAUUGAAGGGAGGUGAGAAGGUGCGUGUUCUCUUUUGCGAGCACAAGUUUCAUAAAGUCUGCAUUGAUAGUUGGUUUAAAGUGUGUCGGAAAACUUGUCCGAUAUGCCGGUUCGCAACGGGGGAGGAUGAAGGAUCGUACAAGAGAGAAGAGCAGCUUACGGAAGAGAUGGUGAUAUGGUUUUCUUCUUUUCAUGUAGCUGGAUUCUAAUAGGAAUGUUGAUAAAAUUUUGGGUGAAAUAAUAAGAAACUUUACAUGACAA